UUCAAUCAUUUUAUUUAUUCAAGUGGAGCAGUGGCGCCUUCGGUUUGUGACCGUUGGUAACCUUUCUUAAACUAUCGCGAUACUCUGAGGCGGAAGACAGCCGCCGAAUCUUCGUACUAGUAAACUGGAGCCGCUUGUGUGGUACGGCAACGGCAGUUUAGGGCAGCUGGAGCGGAGCGGACAGUUUGUUUUCAUUAUACACCGUGGAACUGAAACUGCUCGCUUGCUCACCUUCGAACCGACAAACGUUUCACCAUGUGGGCCGAAUAAGCAAGUGUUCAAUUAAAUGUUCUGCAAUUUCCAGUGUUUGCGUGAAGACCUCCAACUGGCGAAUCGCAUCAGUUCGCCCGGAGGGACAGCGUCAGCGACGACACCCUCUGCUCUCCGUUAGCGUCAACCGUUUUAGAAAAAUGACCGGAGAGAAGAUUCGCUCCCUGCGUAAGGACCACAGGCCGAGCAAGGACGAGGACUUACUGGAGCCGGACGAGGAGGUUGCGACCGGGACUUUUACCGCCUCCAAGGGGAGCAACAAGAGCAGGGCGAGUAAAAUUUUCAGCAAUCACAAGUUAAUCAAGUCUCCGUCCAGUCAGCAGCAGCAACAGCAGAGCCAAGAGUCGCAGACCAACGCUAACAGCAACACGCUGUCAACAUCAGAUGUUAUCGAUGACAACAACAAAAACCCCAUCAUCCGAACAGGGCAGGACUUCCCGGUGCACGAAUGUGUGUUUAAAGGAGAUGUACGACGCCUGUCUUCGCUCAUACGGACCCAAAAUAUCGCUCAGAAAGAUAUCCACGGAAACACACCAUUACAUCUUGCCGUCAUGAUGGGACACAAAGAGUGUGCUCAUUUGCUGCUGGCCCACAACGCCCCUGUGAAGGUGAAGAACGCUCAGGGAUGGAGCCCCUUAGCUGAGGCUAUUAGCUACGGAGACCGACAGAUGAUCACAGCGCUGCUCAGGAAGCUGAAGCAGCAGUCCAGGGAGAGCGUAGAGGACAAGAGGCCCAAGCUAUUGAAAGCCCUCAAAGAGCUUGGAGACUUUUACUUGGAGCUUCAUUGGGACUUUCAGAGUUGGGUGCCUUUGCUGUCCAGAAUCUUACCAUCAGAUGCCUGUAAAAUCUACAAGCAAGGCCUCAACAUCAGAUUGGACACAACCCUAAUAGACUUCACAGAUAUGAAAUGUCAGCGCGGAGACCUCAGUUUCAUCUUCAACGGCAACGCCAUUCCCUCCGAGUCGUUUGUUGUACUGGACAACGAGCAGAAAGUCUACCAACGGAUACAUCACGAGGAGUCAGAAAUGGAGACCGAAGAGGAAGUGGACAUUCUGAUGAGCAGUGACGUUUACUCCGCCACGCUCUCCACCAAGUCCAUCACUUUCUCCAGAGCGCAGACUGGUUGGCUCUUUAGAGAGGACAAAACGGAGCGUGUGGGAAACUUCCUGGCCGAUUUCUACUCCGUGAACGGCCUGGUGCUGGAGUCCAGGAAGAGACGAGAGCAUCUGAGUGAGGAAGACAUCCUGAGGAACAAAGCCAUCAUGGAGAGUCUGAGCAAAGGAGGGAAUCUCAUAGAGCAGAAUUUUGAGCCAACAAGAAGGCAGUCUUUAACCGCCCCGACGCCCAACACUAUCUCCUGGGAAGAGUACAUCGCCGCCGACAACGGAAAAGCACCACACCUCGGGAGAGAGCUGGUGUGCAAAGAGAGCAAGAAGAACUUCAAAGCCACGAUAGCCAUGAGCCAAGACUUCCCUCUGGGCAUCGAAUCGUUACUGAAUGUCCUGGAGGUGAUCGCACCCUUCAAGCACUUUAAUAAACUCAGGGAGUUUGUUCAGAUGAAGCUCCCCCCCGGCUUUCCCGUCAAACUCGACAUCCCUGUUUUUCCCACCAUCACAGCCACCGUCACCUUUCAGGAGUUCCGCUACGACCAGUUCGACGCGUCGAUCUUUACCAUUCCCAACGAAUACAAAGAAGACCCCAGCCGCUUCCCCGAUCUCUAACGCCGGACGCUGAUGUUCAAAUUACAAACAGACAAGGAUCC